AUGAAGAAUUUAACAGCAAAACAAUUACAAAGAAUAGAGAAAAAGAAAAAAAAGAUGGCUGCACUUUUAGAAAUUACCAAAUUAAAUGAUAAAGACAGAGAAGCAAAAAUACUUGCUCUUAAAACAGCAUCUACAGAGAUAGAUCUCUCUAAUGAUAUAGAUAACAAUGAAAUUUCUAUGGAAGAAAGCUACAAUCGUAAACGACCUUGUGAUGAAGAUUUAAAAGGGACUUGUUCCGGAGAUUCUACUGAAAAAGAAGACGGAGAAAUUACGGAAGAAUUAGAUCCACUUGCCAAUAAAAAACCUAGAUUAAGUGGAGAAGAGUACCUAAAACUGAAACAAGAAUUAAGAGAACGUAAAAAGAGACUUAAAUCAAUUCCUAGGUUUCAUCUGAAGGCAGUUGGCGAGAACGCUAGUAUAAGUAUUAAUGUUAAAAGUGAAGAUAGGAUUCCUAUUUUCCUUAGCGAUAUACAACAUUUAUUAUUGUAUUCGUUACAUGGUCAUCAUUCACCUUAUUUACCGACAAGAUGGUGUCACCUCGAAAAAUAUAAUAGGGUUUCACAUACGGUGGCUCUAGUUAUAGAAGGUCUUUCUAUAUACCAUUUUAUGGCUUACGAAAGUAUGUUUCCAUCUAUCACAUCAAAUUUGGAACACCGUGUCGAAGUGGUAACACCUAUGAUAUAUGGGGGAUCAGUGGUAGAAGAUCUUGCAGCAGUUCCUAUAACUGGGGUUCAUUGCGAUAAAUUAAUUGAACAGUAUGGGUCAUUACAGAGUGCAUUAAAUAGUACUAGAGAUGUAAUAAAAUUGUUAAAAACUGUCUUCCCGAUGUAUCAAACAGAACCAACAGAUAUCAAAAGAAUACUUGAACUACCUUAUACUGAUAAAUUUCCUAGAACACAAUUACUUUUAUCUUUAUGUCAAAUGGUGGAAGAAAAUUAUCCUAUUCCUCUAAGUGGUGAACUAGCAAAGAAAUACGGAAAUUACAUAAUGACAAAAGAUGUAUAUCUAGAAGCUACUGCGAGAUCUCCGAUGAUCGGUUUAGAUUGUGAAAUGUGUAAAACAACUAUGGGAGAGUUGGAAUUAACAAGAAUAACGUUGGUUGAUGAAAAAAUGAAUGUUAUUUAUGAUAGUCUAGUGAAACCGGAUAAUCCUAUUACGGAUUAUCUCACUCGAUUCAGUGGUAUAACAAAAGAAAUGUUGGAAGACGUUACUACUACAUUAUCUGAUAUUCAACAAGUUUUACGAAAGUUACUUCCUCCGGAUGCUAUUCUUGUCGGACAGAGCUUGAACUCUGAUCUUCAUACAUUAAAAAUGAUGCACCCCUACAUUAUUGAUACAUCUGUGAUUUUUAAUAUUACCGGUGACAGAUAUAGAAAAACAAAAUUACAAACACUAGUAAGGGAAUUUCUUGGCGAAAAAAUACAAAAUAGCACCGAUGGUCAUUGUUCAGCCGAAGAUUCAAGAGCUUGUAUGAAAUUAGUCCAAUUAAAAUUAGCAAACAGCGUAGAUUAUGGAGACGCUGUGUUACUUGGUAGAUGUGAUAUCGAAAUAUUAAAGAUGGAAACAGCAAAACGUAGCCCUACUGAACGAUCGCUCAAAACUGAAAUACGGAAAUAUGCUACUUCAAUUUUUAAUCAUGUAACGAAAGAUCAAAAAACUGCUGCUGUUGUGGGAGAUGAGGAAGUUAUGAAUGAAUAUUCCACAUUUUUAACACCAUCCAUUAAGAUUAUGGAUGACGAAAAUUUUGAUAAAAACGAUCAAGUUAGACUUGUAGUAGCAGAUAAUAAUAAGCAAGCCGUAACUCGAGCUUCCCAAAUAGCAAUGGAACAUGCUUUUACUUUGUGUCACAUUAGAAUAAAGAAGGAAAAAUUAGGGGAUGAUCGAAUAGAGAAAACGUUCAAUAUUGUAAAUAAAUGGGUAUAUAAAUUAUGGCAACAUAUGGCUAUAAACGGACUAGCGUGUGUUAUAUUCGCGGGUGAAAAUAAUGCAGGAAAUGGCGUGUGUUUCUUGAAUAUAAAAAGAGAAGUACCUGAAAACUGCGUAAUACGCGCUUGAACAGAAAAGAAUUAUCAUUUUGUACAUUAAUUUCAAAGCAAAUUAUAAAAAUCAUAAUUCUGAUAACGUUAAAACAAAUUGUAGAAUAAAAUACGGAAAACUAAGAAAACAAUCAUGUCACGAUUAAUUUUUAUUUCGAUGUUUACUAGAAAUGUAUAGAUAUUGUGUUAUUAAUAAACUUUUGUAAUCUGUGAAUUUUAAUUUAAUAGGAUUGUUUGCAGCAGGUAUACGCUCUGUAGCAGAGGGCAGAUAAAAUUUACUAAAUGAAAGUCGAAUUGAAAAGAAUAUUAUUCUUAAUUAGACUGACUUUACUCAUUUUUAACUAUUUUUAAUAUGUUUUUAUUACAAGGAGAAAAGUUACACAUUACUGGUACAGAUAUAAUAAUGUAAGAAUUUGUCGUGUGAACGACAAAAUAAAAAGUAGUUGGAAUAAA